GGAGCGAGCAAGGCAGGAAAUUUAAUUCAUGUAUAGCUAGCAAAAUUCUCAAUUUCAACAGAUAGACCCAAAAUAGAAUGCACAAAUACCCAAAAUGCAAUGCGCGCAGCUAAUAUGAAAAAUAAUCGAACAUCUACCUUAUAACUUUUGCCAUGAACUUGCCAUAAAUUUUUGUCAUAUUUCAAUUAUGUACAUUUUAAUAAAAAAGAUAAUUAACGAGUAAGCGAUGAAGCAGCCCCCAAUAAUUUGCUAAUAAUAUUCUUUUUCCAAAAUCAUGCAGACCUUUAUCAUUUAAAUAAUAUACCUUUAAAAUACUGACAAUUGAUUAAUUUUGAGCAGCUACAUUAUCCAUGACUAACAUGCAAAGAAUGAAGAUAUUUCUCAUACUUUCCUGCAACUUAUCCAAUAUAUUGUCGAGAAUUAUUGACAUUAUUUAUUUAUUUGUAAUCGGGAAAUCCUCGGAAUAUUCCGAGUAUAGGAUAGAACGAGAACUAAGCGAGACUGUGUUCAAAAACAAGCAUGCGAGAACUGUAACUUUAUAGCAAUUUAAAUAUAAAAUCAUCAAAACUAAUGUGUGAAGAGGUUGUUGUGUGAGCUAUUCGCAACAAAAGUGGCGACCCCGAGCAGGAUCACUUUAAAGCAGAGUUAUUUGCGAAAAACAAGCGAAAAUAUCAAACACGGAAUACGAAUACGCGAGUAUUUAUAAAACAUGGAUUUGGCGACAUCGGAGAAAAAACUACAAGGUAAACUCAAACUACUUAAAUUACUGAACGAAAGUACUAAAACUAAAGUGGAACAACGUGAUUUAGAAACUAUCGAGAGACAUGCAAACGUGAUUCAGAAUAAAUUGAGCGAAAUACAAGACCUAAAGUUAAGCAUUCAAGAACUAAAAUUUGAAGAGGGCGAAGAUGAGACCGAUAUACGUAACUGGAGUGCAGAAGUCGAUGAGAAUUUAAAAGAAUAUCAGGGGAUUGGUGCCGAAUUGAAACAAAUUGUAAAUGAAAUGAAGCAAGAAGUAGCAGAAAAAAAGGACAAAGCUGAACAAGAACGAAGGAUUAAUUUGGAAAAAGAAAUAGAGAAAAUCAAGUUCGAAGAAAAAUUGAACUAUGAAAAAAAGUUGGAAGAUCUGCAUUCAAAGGGCCCCCUAAACCCAACCCAAGGGGCAUCAAAGGUAAGGUUACCAAAACUUAUAAUAACUAAAUUUAACGGAACCUUCACUGAUUGGAUGCGAUUUUGGAACCAGUAUGAAGCCAAAAUUGACAAUUCUGACGUAAGCCCUGUCACCAAGUUCGCAUAUCUGAAAGAGUUAGUGAUACCAUCUGUGCGUGCGAACGUUGAUGCUUUACCCCUAACAAGUGAAGGUUAUGAGAGAGCAAAACAAAUCCUGAAAUCUAAAUAUGGCAAACCAAGUGAGGUUGUGAAUGCUUAUGUACAGAAUAUCAUGUCCCUUCCCCAUAUCUGUGGUACAAAUCCGAACAAAACUCAUGAUUUUUAUGCAAAGUUAUCUUCAAGUGUACAGUCGUUGGAGGCGCUGGGGAAAUUAAAAGCAGUUUCUGGCUAUACCCGACUUACAUUAGACAAACUUGAGGGAAUCCGAGCAGACCUAGUGAGAACAGACGACGACUGGAAAGAUUGGGGGUUUACACAGUUACUGGAACAAUUGAAGAAGUGGACGGAGAGAAAUCCAGUGGAGAACAAAGGUGAUCAAGACACAGCACGGCGUGGAAAUCGAGACAACUUCUUCGGUGCCCAAGGACACGAAGUUAAACCAAAAGCCUGUCCCUACUGUGAAGCAACCAACCACAGAUCAACUGCGUGUGCCAAGGUGACUGAAGUAGCUGAUCGAAAGAGAAUCCUAGUUAAGAAAGCAUUGUGUUUCAACUGUACCGGAUCAAAGCACAAAGCGUCAGCCUGUCGUAAGCCAAAAUUCAUGUCAGAAAUGUGGACGACGUCAUCACACAUCAAUAUGUGAUUCCAGUGGCAAGUUACCCGGUGCGGGAAAGAAAGAAGGCGAGCCAAUUCUCGUAGCAACAGGGACUGGGAAAGUUGUGUACCCAGUUGUGGUAGUUCGAGUCAAUGGCAUCAAAUGUCGGGCCCUACUUGACACAGGGGCUGGCAGCUCUUACGCAUCAUCUGUGUUGCUGCAAAAGAUCAACAGCAGACCUGUUAGAAGGGAGAACGAGCAAAUCGAAAUGAUGAUGGAGACCUGCAACAAAAGAAUUGAAAUCCACAAAGUAACCAUCAGUAGUUUAGAAAAUGAUUUCAAGAUUAACACUGAAGUAACAAAUGUUGAUCGAGACAAGUUGUUGACACUGGAAAACCCACAAUAUCAAGGAAAGAUCAACCAAUACCCUCAUUUACAAGGGGUUUCAAUGAAUGAUGAUGAUACAAAGCCAGAGCUACCCGUCCAUAUCAUCUUGGGAGCAAGUGAACAUGCACAGAUUAAGACCGAGACAAAACCAAGAGUUGGCCAUCCAGGUGAACCAGUCGCUGAACAGACACGGUUUGGUUGGACAAUGAUGUCCCCCGGUAAAGAAAUUGAUCUUGGAAACGUUCUUCUCACCCAGACCUCGAGUGUGGACUAUGAAAACCUUUGUCGACUUGAUGUUUUGGGUCUAAAAGAUACAUCACCAGGAAGUCAAGAAAACGUCUAUGAGGAAUUCCAAGAACAACUUACGAGAAGCCAUGAAGGAUGGUACCAAACUGGACUUCCUUGGAAAGCUAGCCAUCCUCCCCUACAAAACAAUGAAGUUGGAAGCUUGAAACGACUGAACAGUCUUACCAAACGAUUAGAGACGAAUCCCGAGUUACUAGAGAAAUAUGAUAACAUAAUUAAGGAACAGUUGGAGUACGGUGUUGUAGAAAGAGUAACAGAAAGUGCACAAGCGAAGGAGUUCUAUUUACCACAUAAACCUGUUGUUCGUGAGUCAGCUGAAAGCUCGAAAGUCCGUAUAGUAUUUGAUGCAAGUGCCCGAGAAAACGAAAGUUCACCAUCACUUAACGAAUGUCUAGAAACUGCCCCACCUUUACAAAACAUGUUGUGGAACGUACUGGUUAGAAACAGUUUCUAUCCCGUGGCAAUUACAGGCGACCUUAUGAAAGCAUUCCUUCAAGUCCGAAUCAAAGAAUGUGAGCGAGACGCCAUGCGAUUUCAUUGGUACAAAGAUCUCCAGACAAGAGUAAUUGAAGUGCUCAGAUUUACCCGUGCUCUUUUCGGACUAGCUCCAUCACCAUUCCUUUUGGAGGGAGUUAUUAAACAACACCUAAAAAACUGUCGCGAAGUUCCACUGCACAAGUGGCAUUCCAAUGAAGCUUCACUCGAAACGGAGAACGAGCCGUCGGAGCCAAUAAGAGAGGAGCAGAGCUAUGCAAAAUCACAACACGGAGUGAAAGCAGGAGAGAUGAAGUUGCUUGGUUUACCGUGGAACAAAGCAGAUGACAAGAUUGCGGUUCAGUUUCAAAAGAGCGAAGUUUCAACGCCAACAAAGCGUGAAGUGUUAAGUAACAUUGCAAAGAUAUACGAUCCUCUCGGUGUGGUAUCCCCAACGUCUCUGAUCGGCAAGCUGUUAUACAGAGAAAUAUGCGACCGGAAAAAGCCAUGGGAUAAGGAACUUCCUCCAGAUCUAGUUGCGAAAUGGGUCUUAUGGCAGAACGUGUUACCUGACAAAGUCGAGUUCCCGAGAAGCUUGGUUAACCAUCAAGAACAGAUUAGUGAUCGAGGAGGCAGUGUAAACGAAUCAACGCAGCUGUGGCUAAAGGGUCCAGAGUGGCUGUCCAAAGAAGAAAGUUGGCCUAGCGACAUUACCACCACCCUAACAGAUGAAUCAUGUACCGAGUUGAAGCCAAUCAAAGAAAUCCUAGCAGUUGCUGUAGUAGAGGACAAUUUAUUCGAUAAGCUUUUGGAAAAACACGAACUGUGGAAAACAAUCAGAAUCAUGGCUUGGGUACGUCGAUUCAUUUACAAUGUUAAACGGUGCAAUAGGAAGAAGAAAAUAUCUGGUGCCAUCACUACGGAAGAAACAGAAACAAUACUGAACUUUUGGAUCCUGAAAACUCAAAACGAAGGGCAGAACAGUCCAAAAUUCAAAGAAGACCGCGCAAGACUAAACCUACAAGAGAACAACGAAGGCGUACUUGAAUGUCGCGGCAGAAUUCAAGGUGAUUUCCCUAUAUACUUACCCGAUGCAAGUCUAUUCAGUGAGAAACUCGUAGCAGAAACUCACAAGAAAACGUUGCAUGGGGGAGUCGGUUACACUAUGGCAAAGAUACGGGACAAGUAUUGGAUACCGCGGUUGAGAAGGCUUGUGAAGAAAGUGAUCCAUGCAUGUAACGGGUGCAAACGAUUUCAAGUCAAACCAUUACCUAACCCACCUGUCGGAAACCUGCCGAAAGACAGAACCAUGGGAGAAAUACCGUUCCAGACGAUUGGUGUAGACUAUGCUGGUCCGAUCAAAUACCGACAUAAGAAAUCCGAAAAAAAAGCUUACAUAUUGUUGUAUUCCUGCAAUUUGACUAGAGCUGUGUAUCUGGACUUGCUACCCGAUCUCACCGCAGAAGAGUUCAUUCGAAGUUUUAAACGCCUAGUAGCCAGAAGAGGACGACCGAGAAAGGUAUAUUCAGAUAAUGGAAAACAUUCGUAGCAGCUUCGAAAUGGGUCAAGAAUGUGAUGAAGGAUGAAGAAUUGCAAAAUUGGCUCGCGCGUAAUGAAAUCAAGUGGCAGUUCAACCUAAGCCGCGCCCCUUGGUGGGGCGGCCAUUUUGAACGAAUGGUCGGUCUCGUCAAACAAGCCUUUUACAGGACGAUUGGACAUGGGAAUCUCAAGUGGAACGAGCUGGAGGAGAUAAUCAUCGAUGUUGAAACCACCUUAAACUCUCGACCGUUAUGCUACUGUAAUAUAUCACGACACGCAAGCAGUAUAAACAAAUCACUUUAUUAAAUCCUAUUCUAGUUCCCUGCACUCAAUGCACUAUAUUCUUGUCCUGUAUAUUGUCUAGCAAUCCCGUUUGUUAUUGUCAUCCGAUAUCCUUUCUUGA